AUGGCUUCACCAGCAGACACUGUCAUAUUGGAUGACAACGAGCUCGACCAAUUUGCGCUACUCAGACCCUGGAACAUUGAAGCCUGUCUCGCCUUCAGCGACAUUAUUGAGCGAAUCAUUAACAAUGACCCGUUAUUGCAUCACCAUAGACAAUUCAUUGAAUAUGAAAGCAUGAGAGUGCCACUACAGCAAGCAAUGAGUAUCUCACGGCAAUUGAAUAAUUCUGGCGAGUUUGAAAACAGCUUUGAUACGGAGACUGAGACGGAAUCUGACUGGGGCAACAAGAGCGAGGGCGACCGUGGCCAGCGCGACGUGUAUGUAUGGACAGGUGGCUACGUGCUCUCGCUGGGUUGUCUUCCUCAUCUUCCUUCCAUCGGCUGGCAGGUUGGUAGUGGUCGAUGGAAGGUGGGGACUACUAAUCUUGAUCCGUGCGGUGGGGUCGAUAUCCUCCUCACCGGUGACAGUCGCCGAGCGGCCGUGCGGGGCAUCCAUGCCCGAAUGGCAUUCAACCGGCAGACAGGUUUACUGAUGCUCCAGGCACGGCAUUCGGAGCCCUACGGAGUGCGACUCGACAAUGAAUCGUUUGCGCUGCAGUCGCGCUCGCUGAAUGCGCGCUCAUCAAUUGUUCGCUUUGGGAAGCUCGAGUAUAUAUUUGCCUAUACGGUCCAGCCAAACAGUGGCUCGGAGAAGCUAUUUCAGCUGCAAAAGCAAAAGUUCUUUCGAGAACAUCUCCAGGCUCCGCCGCCUAUCGAAGCGACUUCGGCGACACCUUCACAAAAUGACCUCGUCUUGGGUAAUUGGACAUUGAAGCGUGCAGUGGGUCGAGGCGCAUUCGGGACCGUGCUGGCCGCAACACACCGAAAUGGUGCCGUAGUGGCUUUCAAGACAUUUAUGCGGUACGAUAGCAGAAGUGACCGGUUUGCGCAGCUGGAAAUCGCAGCGGCCGAACAACUUAAACCAUUUCUCCUAGAAUUCGAUCGCAAGCGCCAUAUUAUUCGACUUGAAGAGGUUAUCUAUCAACGCGGGCGUCGCGAAUAUGAUGGCUCGGGACCAGAAAAUAUAUGGAUGCUCUAUAGUCCACUCGCUCGUGGCACAUUUCAAAAUCAUAUCCUGGAGCGAGAUUCCAACACAAUCAACGAGACCGUUCGAGCAAUUUUGUUCAAACAAGUCCUUGAAGGGCUCGACUGCCUACACGCACACGGUUGGGUGCACCGUGACAUCAAGCCUUUGAACCUUGGAGUUGUGAGCAUCGAGCCUCCCAAAGCUGUCAUCUUGGAUAUUGGUUCUGUCGCUUUACUAGAGCCUGGCGAGGUCGGGUUCCGCCCACGGCCAGGUGCGUAUGGAACCGUAUCAUAUCUUGCCCCGGAAAUGGAGCUGGCUACGUAUCAUGCGCCUGUGGAUAUCUGGGCUCUGGGGCUUGUUGCGCACGAAAUAUUUCUUGGCUCCCAUCCUUGGAAGUUGGCCGUCAAUCCGUGGCGAACUGAUAAAAAUCGAUACUAUACCCAAUAUCUCAAUAUAUACACAGACACUAUCCAGAAGCUGCGCUCCGCCGGAUCUGGUACCAUACAUGAUUUGAUUGCGAAGAUGCUGGCAUGGGAACCACGUGCUCGAAUCUCGAGCCGCAGCGCCCUUGAACACCCAUGUCUCCGUGGCAUCUCAACUGGAGAUGCAAACUGGACACCGUCGUCACCCCUUGCAGGUAGCAAGCGGCCUAGGGAUUAA